AUGGCGAAAGAUAUUUUGGGACUACAAAUUUCUACUAUGGCGUUCGAGACGGCUUUUAGUAAAAGUGGGCGGAUAUUAGAUCCAUAUCGAACAAAUAUGCCCGCUAAUAUAUUAGAGGCCUUGGUUUGCACCCAAGAUUGGGUAAGGAAAUCAGGGAAGCCAAUUGUGGACAACAUUGAUGAAGUUUUGAAAGAUGAUGACAUCACGAAAGAGUUGGAAAACGCGAUAAACAAUGGAGGUGGAAAGGGAAAACAACCAAUCAAUAUUCCUGAAUAAUUAAUUUGUAUUUG